AUGGUCUUCAAAGACUGGCAUUUACCAGCUGUCUCCUCCUCUGCCUCAGCACAUCAUAUUAGCAGAGAUCUUUUUGUUCUCACAUACGGUGCACUAGUGGCACAGAUGUGUAAAGAUUAUGACAACGAUGAGGAAAUUAACAAAUACUUGGAUACAAUGGGAUACAACAUUGGAGUUAGACUAAUUGAAGACUUUUUGGCCAACUCUGGAAUAAAGAAGUGUCGAAGUUACAGUGAAACGGUGGACAUAAUAGCAAAGGUGGCCUUUAAAAUGUACCUUGGGAUCACCCCUUCUACGAUUGGUGGCAAUGAUGGUGGAAACGAAUUCUCCCUCAUACUGGAUAAAAAUCCACUUGUAGACUUUGUGGAAGAGCUUCCAUCAGGUAGACCAUCACUCAGCUACUGCAACCUCCUCUCUGGAGUAUUAAGAGGAGCUCUGGAAAUGAUUAAUUUACCAGCGGAGGUCAAUUUUGUUCAAGACAGACUUAAAGGAGAUGAUGUCACUGAAAUAGGAAUCACAUUCCUGAGAAAGAAUGAUGAUAAGAAAUCUAGAAGAAAUAAAUGA